GUAUGUGCGUGACGUAGAUGUUGCUGUGUAAAUGUAAGAAGGGAGAUUGGUAUUUAACUAAACGGUCUCGUUCUGCUUGUUCAAUCAUAACUAUAGAAAAUCAAUGACGAAGAAAUGGAAUAUAUAAUUUAUCUAGAGUAGUUGUUUCAUUAUGCCAAAGUUCAACGAUCUGGAUAACACGUUAGCCGCUGGUUCUCGAAAAAUCCGCAGAAAUAAUUACUGAAGCACUUCGUCUCUCAAGUCCUUUUCUUACCUCUAUCGAAAACGACUGUGGUCAAAGAUACGGGGAGCUGCAUUAGAACGCAUCAGAUCUUCUCUCGGUCAGAGGGCUGCCCUCUCCUCGCACCCCUGCAGUGUUUCCCUCACUGCAGGCCUCGUAUUUUCUUGUUAGGCACACGUACGCUCAUCGACAGACAACAUGGAUAGCGCUCACAUGUACUCCUAUGAGGAGUGCUUAAAGAACUUCGGUGUUAGACCUGAAACUGGUCUUACUGAUUCUCAGGUCAAAGAUAAUCAAGCCAGAUAUGGUCCUAAUGAACUGCCCGCCGAGGAAGGCAAGACUUUGCUACAGCUCAUCCUCGAGCAAUUCGAUGAUCUUCUCGUCAAAAUUCUGCUUCUUGCUGCCAUCAUUUCAUUCGUCCUGGCGUGCUUCGAGGAGGAGGAAACUGUCACGGCCUUCGUAGAACCUUUCGUCAUUCUCUUGAUCUUGAUCGCUAACGCCAUCGUCGGCGUCUGGCAGGAGCGCAAUGCAGAGUCGGCCAUCGAGGCCCUGAAGGAGUACGAGCCCGAGAUGGGAAAGGUGGUGCGCGCUAACAAGAGCGGCGUGCAGAAGAUCCGCGCAAAGGAGAUCGUGCCGGGAGACAUCGUCGAAAUAUCCGUUGGUGACAAGAUCCCUGCAGAUCUGCGCCUCAUCGCAAUCUUCUCGACCACGCUGCGCAUCGACCAGAGUAUCCUCACCGGAGAGUCUGUGUCCGUCAUCAAGCACACCGACGCCAUCCCCGACCCCAAAGCUGUCAAUCAGGACAAGAAGAACAUCGUCUUCUCUGGCACGAACGUUUCUGCCGGCAAGGCUCGAGGUGUGGUCGUGGGCACCGGCCUAAACACUGCAAUCGGUAUGAUCCGUACUCAGAUGGCUCAGACUGAAGAAAUCAAGACGCCCCUGCAGCAAAAGUUGGACGAGUUCGGUGAACAGCUAUCGAAGGUGAUCUCGAUCAUCUGCGUCGCUGUGUGGGCCAUCAACAUUGGUCACUUCAACGACCCCGCCCAUGGAGGCUCAUGGAUCAAAGGCGCCAUCUACUACUUCAAGAUCGCCGUAGCUCUGGCUGUGGCUGCCAUUCCUGAAGGUCUGCCUGCCGUCAUCACCACUUGCCUUGCUUUAGGCACCCGCAGAAUGGCUAAGAAGAACGCCAUUGUACGAUCACUGCCAUCUGUGGAGACCCUCGGCUGCACUUCAGUCAUUUGCUCCGACAAGACCGGUACCCUCACCACGAACAUGAUGUCCGUUUCCCGUAUGUUCAUCAUCGACAAGAUCGAAGGUAAUGACUGUAAUCUCCUCGAGUUCGAAAUCACUGGUUCCACAUACGAGCCAAUUGGUGACGUCUUCCUUGAUGGUCAGAGAGUUAAGGGAUCUGACUUUGAAGGUCUCCACGAAAUCUCCACUAUUUCUCUCAUGUGCAACGACUCUUCGGUUGACUUCAACGAGUUCAAGAACGUUUUUGAGAAGGUCGGUGAAGCCACUGAGACUGCCCUUGUUGUCCUCGCCGAGAAGAUCAACCCCUACAAUGUCAGCAAGAUGGGCUUGGAACGCCGCUCUGCUGCCAUUGCCUCGAAACUUGACAUGGACACGAAGUGGAGGAAGGACUUUACUCUGGAGUUUUCUCGUGACCGUAAGUCUAUGUCAUCGUACUGCACUCCCUUGAAGCCUACUCGACUUGGAAAUGGCCCCAAGAUCUUCUGCAAAGGUGCUCCUGAGGGCGUUUUGGACCGCUGCACUCACGUUCGUGUUGGCACGCAGAGAGUGCCUAUGACCAACGCCAUCAAAGAGAAAAUUCUUGCCGUCACUCGCGAUUACGGAUGUGGCCGUGACACCCUGCGAUGUCUCGCUCUUGCUACCAUUGACAACCCUCCGAAGCCUGAAGAAAUGAAUCUUACCGAUUCAACCAAGUUCUACCAGUAUGAGGUGAACAUGACAUUUGUCGGCGUGGUUGGUAUGUUGGAUCCUCCUCGCACUGAGGUCCGCGAUUCCAUCAACAGAUGCAGAGCUGCUGGCAUCCGUGUCAUUGUCAUCACUGGCGAUAACAAGGCCACCGCUGAAGCCAUCUGUCGCCGUAUUGGCGUCUUCGGAGAGAACGAGAGCACCGUGGGCAAGUCUUUCUCUGGUCGUGAGUUUGACGAGCUGGGACCUGCCGACCAACUGAAUGCCGUCAUGAACUCCCGUCUCUUCUCGCGCGUUGAACCUUUCCACAAGUCUAAGAUCGUCGAGUACUUGCAGAGCCAGGGCGAGAUCUCUGCUAUGACGGGUGAUGGUGUCAAUGACGCUCCUGCUCUCAAGAAGGCUGAGAUCGGCAUUGCCAUGGGGUCUGGUACUGCAGUGGCUAAGAGUGCCUCUGAGAUGGUCUUGGCUGAUGACAACUUUGCCUCCAUUGUUGCUGCCGUUGAAGAAGGUCGCGCAAUCUACAACAACAUGAAGCAGUUCAUCCGCUACCUCAUUUCCUCUAACAUCGGUGAGGUCGUAUCCAUUUUCUUGACUGCUGCACUCGGUCUUCCCGAAGCCCUCAUCCCCGUCCAACUCCUUUGGGUGAACCUCGUCACCGACGGUUUCCCUGCCACGGCUCUGGGCUUCAACCCUCCUGACUUGGACAUCAUGAACAAGCCUCCUCGCAGGGCUAACGAAUCCCUCAUUUCUGGCUGGUUGUUUUUCCGCUACAUGGCGAUCGGUGGCUACGUUGGCGCUGCGACUGUCUUUGCCGCCUCCUACUGGUUCAUGUACGAUCCCACCGGCCCUCUGCUCAACUACUACCAACUCUCGCAUCACAUGCAAUGCUUGGGAGAGCCUGAGAACUUCAAGGGUGUUGACUGCGGUAUCUUCAACCAUCCUGCUCCCAUGACCAUGGCGCUGUCGGUACUCGUUACCAUUGAAAUGCUCAACGCUCUCAACAGCUUGUCGGAGAACCAGUCUCUGCUUGUGAUGCCACCCUGGGUCAAUAUUUGGCUCCUGCUGGCCAUGGCUCUCUCACUCACUCUGCACUUCUUCAUCCUCUACGUCGACAUUCUUGCCACGGUGUUCCAAGUGCAGCCGUUGACAAGUGCCCAAUGGGUGGCAGUACUGAAGAUCUCGAUGCCUGUGAUCCUGCUGGACGAAGUGCUUAAGCUCUUGGCCAGGAAAUUCACUGACGUACUCGAGGGUACCGGCCACGUCAUUCCCCAGUGAACAAAAUAUCAGCUAAGUUGGCUUCCAUGAGUACCGGAAGAGAUCAUCAGAAAAUGGUGAGGACAUCAACAUGAGAUCAACGUCUGCAUGCCAGCCAUGCUACAAGACGCCCCGACGACGCUGAUGUCAGGAACAUAUCACCGAAAUCUGUUAAUGGUAUUCAGUAUCAUCGCGUCUGACCAGAAAUUUUAGCGUGUUAAACAAAAAAAACGGCCAUUUUAAAAUAUAAAGCAGGUUAAAUCGUAUUCCGUUGAGAGUUGUUGAUCUUUCAUUUGAGUUUUGAUUGAAAAAUGGCUUGGUAAUGAGGAUUCUGCUGAGCAUUUCUUCUCGCUGUAGAUACGCGGAUAAGAAGACGCAGCGGCAGGACUUGAGUAAAUUUUGUCUGCGGUAGACGGUUUUUCUUUCAACAGAAAAAUCUGCGCCUUUAUGUGUGAGAUGUUCAUGUGCCGCUUGAGAAGUUCUGUAAAAUAUUAAGGACUAGGGAAGGUAUUAAUUUAUCUAUCAUGUGUGAACUCGUGAAAAGCGUGCCUGACUUGAGUGCAAGUGUGAAAGUUUUACUCCAUUUGUACAAUUGUUUCACAACACACCUAAAACAGGAGAAAUUUUCAUAGCACUUUUAUGCAUAUACAUUGAUGUAAAUACACACCGGCCAAAUAAACUUUUAAAUAUUUGCUUUUUCGAGAGUUCGGCAUUUAAAUCGUCCUAAUAAACACGCAUGCGAGGAUUGCGUUUAGACGCGAUACGAGGCUCGAUAGAAUAGAGUCGCGUUGUCCUACAAAUACCGAACAUGUUGCGCCGUUUUCAAACAUUAAUUGUAAAUGGUUGCGUAUAAGUUUUAAGAUUGACACAUACAAAGAGCAGUUAGUGAAAAAUACUGUUAAGCAUACAUGAGUGCGCGAGUGUUGUGCGUGUUGCAGUUGCUCAUGACAAGACGCCAUUGCUGCGCAAGCGGCGUGCACGUUGUGGUGUCGCUUCUCCCUCUCUCUCUUAGUCUUCCCAUCGUUCCCAUGCUUUGAGAAAGUUUGUUAUAAGCGCGUUAGCACACCUUGUUGUGUAUAGUUCUUCCCGAUGGGUUAGGAGAAACUUCGCUGUAGUUUUAUACAAACUUCACGUCUCCAGUCGUAGCUUAUUUUUUCUCUUAUACGUCUUCUUCCGCUUCAUGUUGUUAAAUCUCCCAUUCUGCCUCCAGGUCUUAUUUACCUUACGAUCAAAACCCUGUAAUUAGUGGCAUACGAACCAAAUCGUUGUUUUCACUCUUCCUAAUUGUGAAUUUUCUUUGUUCUGUUCAUUAGUUUUGUUGUCUAUACGAUUCCUUAUCCUCAUACGCACUUGCUUUUUCCUUUCUCGCUUAUAAGUUUUUCGUCUUGACGAUCGCGGUGUCGCUUACUGAGAGGCGAAGGCGGAGUUAGAUUCUCACGUUGCUUCGCUGGCAACGGCGGAUGGAGAUGACGUCCGCUGCCAUGCUUGUCUGGCAACGUGAAAAUGUUUCACCUUUUCUGGGUUAAAAGCGACUAAAUCUCCAUAUGGGGUACGAAUAACUACCUACGACUCUCAUUUGCUACAAUUUCCACUAAAAAGUACUUUCAUUACAGUCUGUCAUCACAUGUUAAAUUUUGCCUACAAUGUCGAGAGUUUCGGCAAUUGAUUGAAGUCCUUAGGGCAGUAAAUAGCCUUAUUAUUGACCAAGACCCUUGUCGGUGAGGGCAAAAACAAAAAAUAAUUCUUCAACUUUUAUUAGCGAAUAAUUAUUACUAAAUAAAACCCACCAUAUUUAAUUGCAAUAUUUCAUCAACCAUGUCACAUGAGCUACAAUCUUCUAUGCCGUGAAUCCAAAUCUACGUACAAUAUAAAUAUUAAAUUAA